AUGGUUGUUGCUUGUGCUGUCGUUAUGGGUGCUGUAUUGGAUAAUGAUGCCGAACAGCCUCAGGCUGAUAUUAUCGCUGAAAGACUGAGAAGAGCAAGACUCAGAGCUGCGUUGAUUGCCGCUGCUUCUCAAAAAAAGGAUGUGGUAAAGGCGAAGUUCUCUGUGGAUGCGAUACUCGUGUCAGCUGCACAGUUAUUUGGUUGUUUACCCAAUAAUGAACUGGUUCCUCUUCCGCAUGUUGCGGAGGUCUUGUAUCGAGAUAGAUAUUUAUUUAUUGAAUUUAAGACUCAUCCUGAGAUCACCGCGCCGGCCAGCAAGUCUGUUAUACAGUUUACUCGAGAUGGUCAAGCUGUGGAGACUGCGAAACUUCCCACGGGGAAACCUCCUAAUACCUUUGAGCAAUGGCUUCCAUUGAUCAUCAAUGAUUGA